AUGACGGCGAAAGACCCGCGGGGACGGCUUGCGCGAUGGGCCUACCGAUUGCAGGAAUUCAACUUCACCAUUGAGCACGUGGAUGGUACGCAGAAUGUAUUGCCAGAUAUGUUGUCACGCCCGUGUUUGGACGACAUCAUGCCAGACCAUGCUAUACCGGUGCGUGCGUUCGCGAUGGGAGAGAGGAACCUGCUGGGAGAUCAAAGGACAGAUGAAUUCAUGAAGGUGUUGUGCUCUCACUUACGGGAUGGCACCAAACCGGAGGCUACAUCGGAGGAGGUGGAGGAACUCCUCAAGAUCUGGGACAGGUUGAAGGUCGAAAACGAUAACGUGGUGGUGGCGAUAGACGGACGGAAAGUGCCUUUUGUUCCACCAAAUCAGCGAGAACGUGUGAUGCGCAUAACUCAUGAUGGCGCCCAUAUGGGAUUCGAGCGGGUCUUUGAAUUGCUGCGGAGGCGAGUGUUUUGGCCAACUAUGAGGAAGGACGUCGCGGCAUACCUUCGGGAGUGCCCAAACUGCCAAACGAGUCGGGAGAUGGAGUCCCCGAGACCGCCGAUGCGAUCGAUGGAGGUUGGUGAGCCACUUCAGUGUUGGGGACUGGACGUCUUUGGGCCCUUACCAGUGAGUCGAGCAGGAAACAGAUACAUUCUAGUGAUGAUUGACCACUUCACUCGAUGGGUGGAAGCCAUACCAAUCAAGGACCAAACAGGCGAGACAGUGUCGCAAGUAUUCGAAUUCAAUGUGCCUGCAAGGUAUGGGAUCCCACAGUGUAUCAUCACGGACCAAGGGCCCUGCUUCGAGUCAAGAGCGUUUAAGUCAGUGUUGGACAAGUGGGGCAUCCAGAGACGGCGAACUUCACCGUACCACCCACAAACCAACGGGAUGACCGAGCGGUUCAACCGGACAUUGAAGACGUGGAUAAACUGCACGAAGUUGGCAUGGGAAGAUGCUUUGCCUCAAGUUCUGAUCGCGUAUCGGACCAGCAUGCAAUCAACCACCAAGGUCUCGCCAUUCGAAUUACUGUUCGGCAGAGAACCACGGAUUGCGCUCGAUACUUGCCUACCGAACCAGGGUGAGUGGAAACAUCCAGCUGAGCAUCAAGAGCGACUGCGAUGGAAAGCUAGAAGCGAAACCAAAGCUCGACAAGCGCGGAAUAAGCGAAAUUACGACGCCAGGCAUGAGGCUCACAAGUGGAGGCCAUUCAGGAUUGGAGAACGGGUCAAGUUACGGAACAACGAUCGGUCGGAUCAUGACGGGCCGGGCGCAAGCAAGUUCAGAGAACGCUGGAAAGGCCCCUACACCAUUAUCGACCAGAAAGCGGGCAACUUCUUAAUCGACUGCGGAGGAAUGAAACGUUGGGUGAAUGCUGCUCUCCUGCGACCAUGGUACGAGAGGAAGAAAGGUCCUGGAGGAGGGGCGGGUGUAGAGGGGCCGCUUCCAAGAAUGGCUCUGGGGAGCUCUUCGGAGCUAGCUGAGAGCGGAUCGCGAAAGACGGCUAGCGACGAGCCUGGGCCCGGAACUACGGAGCGGGAACAUGUGGACAGCGCAAUAAAUCAGACAAAUACGCCGCUAGCGCAGCCCACAGCACCGAGGCCGAGCCGAUUGACACAGCCCCGAACAAGCAAGUCGAGAGCUCUCGAACGACUCCUGGCCGAUCCAAAUCGGGUGCAGAGAAGCGGAGAUCGAGGCGAAAACAGGAAGGCGGAUCUUCCAAGUCAAAGCUCCCGAGGCGAAAGGACUGGCUCGUCUCUAACAUCCGCACCUGUGUUGCGUUGUGGGACGGAAACCUAG